AGGGAUCGCAGCGAUGAUCAAGAAAUCGAAUAUGUGCGAAAAUUUAGAAUCUUUCUCGACCCUUUAAUUAAGUGUGUGACAUUUCUUUCUUUCCAACUACUACCAAAGAUGAACAGCCGACAACACUCGAAAAUGCUGCGGUUCCUGUUCUCGUGCUACGGGCUACUGUUUGUGAUUGUUGUAUGGAAAUAUGCCGAGAGAGAGGACACCCCCAGCAGUGGCCCACUGGAGUCGAUUUGCGAGUACGACGUAAAGCAACUCUGUCCGGAAUGUUUCACCGACACUUCCGUGUGUCGGGGGAUUGGUGACAUAUUUAAGCCUCAAGAUGGCAGCUGGUCCAGCAGAAUCAACAGUCUAUUCGCCGCACAUAGCACCACCCUUGGUACCUUGGGCAAGACGAACACUUUGGCGGUCAUGAAACGGUUAAAUCGGAGGGAAACUAUCGAGCAACUCUCGCGCGAAUUCUGUGCAACCGAUGCGAACACGUAUUCCGUUUCCGCAACCCACAGAUGCGCAUGGUCCCGGUCGGGCACACUGAAGGCAGCAUCAGCGUUUGUGACUGAUUCAAUUUUGGACAAGCGUCGCGUUGAAGGAUGUAUUUUUUGUCCACCGAACACCAAGCAUUUAUCGCUCCAACGGUUUCUGUCAAUGAUCGAGCCAACGGCCACCGAACUGUGGAAGCUGCUGGUGGUUCGGGCGAAUGCCGAACCAUUGAUUUUGAAGUUACUGUCCCAGCAACAGAGGUCCUUUCCGGUACCGACACUGUUGCACUCGUUUGGAUUUUCUAUCAUCGAAAGCUUCGACGGUGAGCCGUUAAACAACUUCUACGAUCACCAGCCAUCGGUACGAAUGAUGAUUGCACGUGAGCUGAUCAAAGCCGCGUUCCGGUUUACCGAAGGAGCGGCCGGAUUCAGGUUUUACCUCACCGACCUCAGCCCCGACAAUGUGGCAAUCAAGCUGACAGAGGACUCCAAAACGGUGUCGGUGUCUUUGGUGGACUUGGACAACAUCAUUGUGUUGGAUAGUCUGGCCGACGGGUUCAGCUCCAACCGACAUCACGUGCACGGCAAGAUCGAAUGUGACGGAUGCUUUGCGUACGUACAGGAUGAUGUUUGCGGCCAUCGCAGCAGUGAUCUGAACUACUUUGCGGUAUGCCAGCUACUACACGAAAACCUCAAUGGAAACGCGGAGGUUGGACUGCUUCAUUUGGCCGAUGAAGUCACCGACGCAGCUCAGAUACUGCACGAGCUGCUCGACGAAUGCGUUCACUGCCAGCCACCGAGCUGCCGCAACCGAUCCAUUAUCCUCGAGGAAAUGUUGAACGUGUUGGAUCAAUGCUUGGCGUGACCCCGCAGUCUCCUACUUCACGUACUUUUUGUUGCCGGUGUUCCGUUUGCCCCUGAACUGACGAUCGGUGCGUUCGUCCUCGGCCAGGGCCUGCACACUUUGUAUAUGCUCGCGCAGUUCCUUCAGCUCGCACAUCGCCUUCUUCGUGAGGUGUCCCUCCGGAGUGGUAGGAUGCUCGAAGAUCAGCAUGCUGAUCGCUUCCUUGAGUACACUUUCUGCCAUUUGCAAGUGUUCCUGGAGACGGGCGUGGUUUCUUAGGUCCCCUCUAUCUGCCACCACGGCGAUCCUUCUUACCUGCAGCUCCGGUGUCUUGAUUUCGCCCGUAUCGUGAUUUCUCCGCGACAGUUCCACCAGCGCCGAAUGAUACUCGUACAAAGCGAUGCCCGUCAGGCGCGAUAUUCCAGGGUCCAGCGCCCGCAGAAUCUGUAGCAUCUCUUCGCACAACUCCAGCUUACGCUUCAGCGCUUGCCGGGGCACGUUCUGCGGAUCACACGAUAGGCACAUGCUGCGCAGCUCACCGGCCAGGUUUUGUUUGGCCUCCAGCACCAGGGCAUGCUGCGGGUUGAGAGUUUUCGAAUGCUUGCCAAUCACUCUCUCCAGGUUGCGAAUGUCCAGUGCUUGGUCGGGAACGAUAAACCUGGAUCAGCAGGAGGUUGAAAACAACACCCAAUGAAUGCGCCUCUUACCACAGCUGGAAACGUCUUCGCGGGCCUCGCUCAUAAUCUCAUUCACGUAUAGCCGCUCCAGCUGAUGUCCACAGAGAUUGCACUCCCA